UGCUUUUCAAGUUAUCUCUUGAUCAGUUCUCCGUAAGCUUGUUCGACAGUCACUUUCGCGUUUCUUCGACAACUCGGCGAGAUUUGCGCGAGAUAGCGAAGGGGCGCAUUCAAUCAUGAGCAGUAACCGAAGGAAACGUAUGCGGCGCGCCGCGGACCCGUGCCUUGGCUUCUACUUUCCACCAAGUUCCCCGACUCCGCCAUCCGCAUCACAGAUAAACAUUCCCCCGAUCGCAGUCUUGGAAAAUAGCUCAGAUCCGACAAACUCGUCGUGUCUGGAGGUGGACGAACUGGAGGUCUCUUCAACAGGCUAUGUGACUGUCGAUGAAUUCCUGAAGCACAUUCAUCCGCCUCCCAAGAACACCUAUCACAGAAAGAAUAAACGGACUAUGGUACAAGACCAGGAGACUGAUACGAGCCAAGUCGGACUUGAAGAUAAAUAUGGUACAGAGCCCCCUCGCAAGCGGAAACUCCGACAACGCAAACCUCUGAAGUCUCGUCUCCUCACGGCUGAUUUAGUCGCCGAUGUCGAUCCUGAUAAUUUUCUGCUCGACGAAACACCGCAGCGAACAUCGCUCGUUUUCAAUAGACCACCUUCUCCCAUGAAGAUCCUACCCCCGAAGCGCCCGCGAAAACUGAUAGACCCGAAAAGUACACGGCUUCCUCGUCACAACUCAUUUCCUUGUGCUCGAGGAAGCGCUUCUCUGGACCGAUCCUUGGCACCGUGCCAGCAACUCAAUACGCCGACGGAAUGGCGUUCCAAACUUGGACUCCCGUCUAACAAUGCAAAUCGCAAAGUUCGCAAAGCUCCUCCGGUGGCCAGAUCCUCAGGCCCUUUCGUGUAUGCGCCCCUCAACCUAAUUUCUCAUGCAGAGGCUGAACGAUCUUACUCUCGCCUGAGGUCUGGAACACGUGAUCCGUUACUUGACCCUCUUCCAGUGCCAGUCUCUCAAACUGGGCGGAUCCCACUCGAUCUCCGGUCUAUCAGCAAGUCAUCCUCAGUCAAAGUUGCAACUCAUUAUCGGUCAGAAUCUCCCACCGUCUCAUCUCAACAGCCCUCGAACGGUUUACUUGCACGCGGAAAUGGUCUCCCAUGCGACGCAGCUUUGGCAUCCAAUGAGGAUCAUGAUAAUACCAGUUCUGUCUCAAACAUCGAGUCAGCUAACUCUGACACCUCUGCCGAUCCGUUUCGAGCUACGAACAGCAACGCCUCCAUGAAACCUCUUGGAACUCUACUCGGGCAACUGUACGAGAUCUCGCGCGCUGUUUCUCAAAGCCAAGUCAAUACAAAGAACAAGCAAAGACGACCCAAGGCACGUCGAUCGACUAGGAGCGACGCCCUCGCGCCUAAAAGCUUGAUGAGAAACUUAUUUUCGUCAACCCCUCCUCCUUCAAUCACCAACGCCCAGCUGCUUAGUCCAACUCUUGCGGCUUUCUAUUCUGAUGUCCCACAAAUCGCUCAAGCUGCCUCUCAGUUCCCUAUUGCAGAUGCUACAGCCUCGAAUUCGUCUAGCGCGAUUCUGUAUCAAGUACUUCUUCCGUCGACACCACCGCCUAGUAAUGUGCAAGCGCAGACAGACUUCUUUGAAUUUCGCUCCAGAUAAACUGUCACACUUCGCCUUCCGUCUGUGACUGAAAGAUGACAAAAGGGCACAAAGAGUGGCCGUUAUCGACAAGAUGUACAAUAACUAUUGAUACGGGUAUGAACGCAGAGUACUGUCCAGUAUUACGUACAACAGGCUCGUCAUUCUCGAGAACAAUGUCUUUCCAACUCUACCGGACGACAGCCGGGGAAGGGCGUUCGAGCGUGGUCAAAGUGUCUUCGAGGAUCCGAGCUCGCGAAGCAUCCUGUGCUUCCUCCCAGUCGCCGUCGACGGUUUUGUAGCUGACAGGUCGUGACCGGCGCUGUUCUGUCAUCGACCGCGCCGACAAAGCGGAUCCGCGCCGGCUAGCUUCGGUGAUCUGGGAAACAGGCCGUUGUGCCCGUAGAUUGUCGCUGAGGAAGCCGGACAGGAGGAAUGUGCUGCCGCGGGUGUUACCAUAGGCCGGUGGAGGUGCAACAGCGAUCAGGUGAUCUUCGGCAUCGCCUGUUCCGGCACCGCUUUGCGCGAGCGCAGCUGCAUAUGUAGGCAAGGGAGGGCGGUUCCAGGGCGAGAGACCAAUAGACGGAUCAGUCAUCGCCCGCCGCCGCGCACUCGGAAGCAUCUCUCCGGGGUGCAGGUAACUGUAUCGCUCUGCUCGCAGACGGAAAACUCGACGCUCGAUGAACAGCAGCUGCACGAGUACCGCCACACCGAAGACGACGUGGAUGAAGAUAGCCGAGGACCCAUUUCCAAGCACAGGUUGACUGUCCUGGUUUUGAUUUUGGGUCUGGGGGCCGUUAAAACCGGGGUUGGGGUUCGGGUUGGGGCUAGAGUUGGAGUUGGAGUGCCCGACACGCGUGACAGUGAAGUACCAAGCAACAAUCAUCCCCGCAACAAGCAAAAGCUGAGCAAAGAAAGCGAGAAGGGUAGUAAGGCGGAAGCCCCAGAACGCAGGGACUUUCUUGGGCUUCAAAAAUCCCAACAGUCUCUUCCGCUUCGUGAUGGAGUUGGGAGUGGUCGCGGUGGUGGCAAGAGAGGCAGUCGAUGCACUAGCAGCAGUCGUGGGCACGGCGGGUGCAGAAGACUCGACGCUCCCGUUCGCACUGUCACUGGAAGAUCUCUCUUCGGGAUGAGGCACAAGCAAGGUUGUGGCCGGUGCACCAUCGCUGGAAUUACGCCGUCCCUCCUCCGCCUCUGUGAGUGCCACCUCCGACCAUCCUAUUUCGCCCUGUUUGGUUGGCAAAGGGCCCGCCUGAGGCCUGAUUUCCGAAUCGCUAGGAGAGCUGGACGAAGAGCCGGACGGAGAACUGGAACCAGAUGUUGAAGCCAUAGUACUCGGAUUCAUGAUCAAAAGGUCGGGCUAGGCCGAAGAGGAAAUGAAAAAGGACCUUGCGCCUGGCAAGGAUUGAGGCCCCGACCAGGGAUCGUUAGUCGGUGAAUGGACGGAAGGGUCUGGGACAAGACACUGUCUGGACUCGUCAGCAGUCCCGGGCCCCCGCGAUUGCUGAUC